AUGGCCCCAUCAUUAAGAUACAUCCAUAAGCUAUCAGGGCAUUUACUGGCCAACAAGCAUUUAGGACUUAAUUCCUUUGUGAACAAUUAUUGUAAACAGUAUUCGAGAAGUUUGCCAGAAUUCAGACUUCCAGAGGCUUCGUGCAAUGAUCUGAGUUUAAUUCCAGACAACAGGGAAGUUGCUAAUGAUGUUGUCACUAAAAUUAACAUUGUGGAUUUGUAUUCUACCCAACCGGCCCCAAAGAAAGAUGUUUUGUUAAGUAGUAAUUCGUCUCCGGAACCUGGUGGUAAGCCUUCACCUGAAAAACUUUUACAGGUAUAUACUAUAUUAGGAGAAUCUUUACCAAAUUUAUUCGUACAACCAAUGGAUUACACAAUAUACCAUGAUAAUAUUAUAUUUGAAGACAAUAUAAGAAACAUAAGAACAGAGGGAUUGUAUAACUAUGUAAAACAAGUAGCUCUAUUAAGAACAGUAGGUCAUUUUAAGUUUGCUUACGUAAAAUUUGAAAUUCUAAAAAUAACUCAACAUCCUGAAGAUGGCACUGUCCGCAUUCGAUGGACCAUUCGAGGAAUAUCGGCAUUAAAAGUCAUGUUCCAUUUUUGGAAAGUUAAAGUAUGGAAAUAUAGAGAGAUGAUAAAUCACACAGUGCAGUGGCACGAUGGUUAUUCAACGUUCUAUAUUAAUUCAGAUGGAAAAAUAGUUAAACACGUAGCUGAUAAAAUGAUGCCAGAUUCAGAUCGUACAGUAGUACCUCCAGUGUUGGGUAAUGCUAAAUUAGCCAUGAUGUUGGCUGUUAUUCCUAAAGUUUCUGACUUAGGAUGGUUUGUUUAA